AUGGCGAGAUCCGAGGAAGAAGUAACAAGGGUUAUUAAGUUGUUGGAAGCAAAAGCAAAAGAAUAUGGCCUAGCAAUCAAUGAAAAUAAAACAAAAUAUAUGGUGAUGAAAAACAAUACCAGAGAACUUCCAGCAAAUUUAAAUAUUAGUUGCACUGCAAAUAGGAGAUAUAUGACAGAGAGAGUAGAACAAGUCGAAUAUCUAGGAGUAACGCUAACGUGUAAGGGCGAUGAAGAAAAGGAAAUAGAAAAAAGUUUAGCGAAAGGAAGUAAUGCUGCGGGAAUGUUUUCAAGAUUUUUAAAAGCAAAGAAUAUAACAAGAGCAACGAAAGUACAGGUGUACCAAACAAUAUUAAGGCCUACAGUUACUUAUGCAUGCAAGACGUGGACAAUGAGAAAGAAAGAGGAAAGCAAGUUAGAAGUCUGGGAACGAAAAAUACUAAGGAAAAUUUUUGGAGGAAUUAAAGUCCAAAACGAAUUCAGGCGAAGGACAAAUAAAGAACUAGAGGAGCUGUAUAAAAACCCAAACUUUGUUCAGGUGGUCAAAAUGCAAAGAGCUAGAUGGUUGGGGCACAUAGCGAGGAUGUCCGGCGAAAGCUGGGUUAAAAGAAUACUGAUACAAGGUGAAGGAGGAAAGAGAAGAAGUGACAAAAGACGUGAGGGAUGUAGGCGUCAGAGAUUGGAAGGAAGAGGCCCUGGAUCGAAAAAGAUGGGAAGAACGGCCAAGGGCCGUUAG